GUUGGAAAUACAGUGUAUUAUGCCGUCAUCGUCUCAGCCACCAUGCCUCUUACUCCUGUUGACUGCUGUUCGCGCCCAUUUGUCAGCUUCUCUCCAUCUCUCCUUCCCCUACCUUUAAGGAUCCAAAGAAGAUAAGUUUUAUUCCUUGUUACAUGGACUUGGGUUGAGAUAAGGCUAUAGCUUUUUUGCCCAUAAAUCAAUAGAAUCUGGAUGUUAGGCUGUAUUUUCGCUUUAUUAUAAAUAAUGCAAGUGUCAUUUGUGAUGUGCUCUCUUGCUGAACCUCGGGGAGGUAGGGACUGUGAGUACUGUCAUCUUCAGAGAAUGUGCAGUCCUUUGGGUGUUGGUCUUCUCAGCUGCUUAGUCAGACGGAGUGUUUUUUUUUUUCUUAAUGCUCCCAAAAUGGACAGCUCAGUCUUUGUUUUGAAAUCAUUCCUUCUGUCUUCUCUCCCUCUUCCGGUACUUGGAUUACUUUGACAAGACAUUCAAGGACAUUCAAGCUGUGCUGUCGUAUCUCUUUAUUUCCAUAGCCCACAGAAGCCAGUUUGAUGGUUAACUGUAGGCGAGCAGGUAACUGUAUCUACUUGGCUAGAAGUUACCGUUAAAGAUGAAGUACAUGUUGACAGAGGCCCCCUUGACUUGGAGAUAUAAACAAAGAUUUUACCAUGUGGGCAUCCUGCUGCAACUGGUUCUGCUUGGAUGGACAGCCUGAAGAGGCCCCACCACCACAGGGAGCCAGGGCACAAGCCUAUUCCAACCCUGGAUACAGCUCCUUCCCCUCCCCCACGGGCUCGGAACCAAGCUGCAAAUCCUGUGGGGUCCACUUCGCAAGCACAACCCGGAAGCAGCAGACCUGCUUGGACUGUAAGAAAAAUUUCUGCAUGACUUGUUCAAGCCAAGAGGGGAAUGGGCCACGCCUCUGCCUCCUCUGCCUACGGUUCCGAGCCACAGCCUUUCAGCGGGAGGAACUCAUGAAGAUGAAGGUGAAGGACCUGAGGGACUAUCUCAGCCUCCAUGACAUCUCUACUGAAAUGUGCCGGGAGAAAGAAGAGCUGGUGUUUUUGGUGCUUGGCCAGCAGCCUGUGAUCUCUGAGGCGAACAGGACUCAUGCUCCCACGUUGACCCAGGACUUCCCUGAGCAGCAGGCCUUCCUGACCCAGCCUCACGCCAGCACAGUGCCUCCUACCUCACCUGGCCUCCCUUCUUCGCCUGCACAAGCCACCUCUGUUCCCCUAGCCCCAGCUCAGGAAAACCAGGCCACUGGCCAUGUGUCUCAGGACCACGAGGAGCCCGUCUUCCUGGAGAGCACAGCCAGAGUACCUACCGAGGAUGAGACCCAGUCCAUUGGCUCAGAGGACAGCUUCGUCCCAGGCCGGAGGGCCUCACUGUCUGACCUGACCCACCUGGAGGACAUUGAAAGCCUGACAGUGCGGCAGCUGAAGGAGAUUCUGGCUCGCAACUUUGUCAACUAUAAGGGCUGCUGUGAGAAGUGGGAACUGAUGGAGAGGGUAACUCGACUGUACAAGGAUCAGAAAGGACUCCAGCACCUGGUGUCUGCUGAUGACGACCAAAACGGGGGAGCAGUGCCUUCUGGCCUGGAGGAGAACCUGUGUAAGAUUUGCAUGGACUCACCCAUUGACUGCGUUCUUUUGGAGUGUGGCCACAUGGUGACCUGUACCAAGUGUGGCAAACGCAUGAACGAAUGUCCUAUCUGCCGGCAGUACGUCAUCCGAGCAGUUCACGUCUUCCGGUCCUGAGGGCUAGCGUUGGUUUCUUCAGUGCCUUAUGGGACAUAGCCCACAGUGUCUGGGCUCAGGGUUGGUCCGAUGCACAAAGGCAGUUUAUUGAGAAACUGGCAGUGUUCUUAAGACCAAGACAAGCAGAGGUGCCUGGCAUACCUGUCUUGCCAUGGUAUGCUCUUAGGUGGCAGAGUCCAAAGCCAGUGGGAACUGAUUCAGAUCACAUGGGUGAGUGCCUGCUUCUCUGAUCAUUGUGUGGUGAUGGUAAUCAAUGAAGAGGACUUCCCAGAACUUGGACCAUGUCUUCCUCCCUUCCUGAGAACCUAAGACACAUUUCGCACAUCCCAUACGCCACUCCUCCUGUUUCAUCAAUCACAAGUACUGCUGGAAAUAGUUCCUUUCCCCACCCAGCACAUCUGUAUUUAAAUUUCUGAUUUCUUUUUGUUUUAAGUCCACUACAUUGCCUAAAAUCCAUUUGUUUUUAUGGACCAAAAAAAUACAUUAACCAGACCUUUAGUAUUUCCUAGGUCAGAAUUUGGAUCAGUAGACUGAUUUCUGGUGAGAAAUUAAGUCUAAAUACUGUAGAAAAAUUUCUAAGUUGAGUCACUUCUAUUAGUGUUGGGGUUGGAAAUGAUCAGUCCCCUGACCUGACCCCAAACUGCUGGGAAAUCCCUAAGAGAUGGUGUGUGGGUCAUCUCUGCUGCUUCUCUUUGGGUUUGACUGCACCAUCUUUAACCUUGGCUUAUGAGGAAAGAGAAAUAGAGGCCAUGGCUGUUUGCUUUGGCUUCUAAUCCUCACUUCAGCCGGCUGAAACCACUUUAAGUUUCCUCUUCUUUGGCUUUACCCCGCUCUUCUUUCACCUGGCUGCUCAUGGAGCCCGGGGAGCAGACACACAGCACAGUGAGGCACCGCAAGGCGCUGGGUUAGGCUGGACUAUGCCCAUGGUUGCUUCUCAGCCUUUUGGGCAGGUCAGCACAAAGCAUUCUCUAAAUCAUGAUUUGAGCCUCAAGGGGUCUUUACAUCACUGACAUAGCUGGAAAGGUUUGAGUGGUGUUUGCUGGAACAGCUAGCUCAAUAGGCACAGAAGGAGCUAUGUUCCUGUGUAGUAGGAUGUGCCCGCUGCACCUUCCUGGAUAAAACCACUACCCUCCACUAUGCAGCUAAGUGAGACUGGAAGAAGCAGUCCUGACCCUGGAAAGCAGAGGGGCACCUCUAAGGGGGCUAUUAGAAAUACUUAUGCUUUCUUCCCAUCAUUAACCUCUAAAUUCUUUCAGUGGAUCAAAUAGUUCCAUGAAGUAGUUGUCGGAGGCACCCACUUUACCUCUGCAUUCUAAGUCCAGAUGGCCAGAUUUCAGGUCAAAGCCUUUGUAGGUGUCAGGAAUCAAGAGACUCUUCCACAAAUAUUCCCAUUCCCUCCCUAGUAAGUACUGUAGUUUACAUUGUCUUCAGUUUAGCACAGCCCACUGAUUUUGCUGCUCCUGAAUGCACUGUGAAACAGGUCUGAUUAUGCAGCUUAAUAAGACCUAACAAUCCUUCAGAGCUGGCUCCCCUUCUUACAACUGCUCUCCCUUCUGAGGCCUUACCUCCCUACCUCCUAGACAGCAACAGAAAUAAUAUACUGAUGGCCUGUUAGCAACCUGAGUAACAGAGCUGAGGUUACUUGUUUCGAAGAAAGAACUUAUUUUUAAAUCUUUUAUCUUUUGGGAAAAAAAUCCAGAUGUCAAACAACUUUUUUAUUGUUACACCAAAUGAAAGUUGGAAUCCUAAGAUUCCAUUCCAGUUAAUAUUCACCCCAGGUAGAAAACCUGAUUUUUUUUUUUUUUUGUUGUUUUUUUGUUUUAAGUACUUGAGCCCCUUUCUGUUCAUCACGGAUCCUUGGUCUUAAUUAACAUGGAAACACCUAAUCCUCCCAACUAUUCUGUGGACUUCGCUGUGAUUGCACCAAGAUUUCAAUUGAGACUUAGUUUUAAAAGACAAACAGCUGACUGGUUUGUAGGUUGGAAUAGCCGGUUCUAAACUAAUAAGCUGUAAAGGAAUUAAUAGUCUAUAUUGUACAAAUUUGUUUAAAAAAUCUCUUGGAUGUGAAUGUGUUGCUCCAAGUUGCUUAUAUUAAGAUUUUCUCACCUGGAUGUUAAAAAGUAAACCCAAAUGUGUAUUUUUUUUUGUUACAGAGCUCUGCUUUAUAAUUUUGUAAUAAAUUUUAAAUACAGAUACCUGUCCUA